GAAUCACAAUUUUUAAAUCAAGUGUCAUUGUAAAAGGCGCUUGUCAUUUGUUCCGUAACCCCAACUGUCACAUUUGAGAUCUUUAUGCCUCAAAAUGUGGCGUUUAAAUAGCGAUUUAUUAUUUGCCACAUAAUCGCAGCGGUCACAUUUAAAAUCCUUCGAAACUUUAUGCGUUAAAACUUGCUGUCUUAAAAGUUUUUUGUUAUUCGUCGCUUUCAAAUCUGUGGGCACCUUGUACCUUACGAUAUGUGACUUGAACAGCGACUUAUUAUUCGUCGAAUAAUCGCAGUGGUCACAUUUCAAAUGUUCAGAAAUGAUGUGGGUUACGAGAUGCUGCUUAAAAUAGUAUUUAUUAUUCGUUGCGUAAUCACAAGUGACACAUUUAAAAUCUUUGGGAAUUUUGUGUUAAGCCAUGCAAAUUGAAUAGGUAUUUAUUAUUAGUUGCGUAAUCACAACUGGCACAUUUCAAAUCUUUUGACAAUUUGCGUGUUAAAAGGUGUCGCUCUAAAAGUUGUUUCGUAUAAGUUACAUAAAUGCAAUGGUCACAUUGUGCUUUAGAAGAUGCAGUUUUAAAUGAUUUUUAUUAUGAGUUGUAUAAUCACAAGAGUCACAUUUCAAAUCUUUCGAAACUUUGUACUUUAAAAGAUGCUGUCGUAGCUAAAUUGUUGAAUAAUUACAAGUGUCACAUUGAAAAUCCUUUAGGCCUUUCGAACUAGUAUUCCAGCUCAGUAGUUCCACUGUCCUGAGCGCAAUUUAUGUCUUUACCCUUGAUUGUCGUCGAAACUUCGUUGCCAAUGAAAAUAUGUGUUUCAAGGGACCAAGUGAUUUUCUCUUCUUGUUUGGGUUCAACUUAAACAAGUAUUUCGACAGACAUUACUGUAAAUAAUCAAGAAAACCCAUAUAUAUCUUAUAUAUAUGAGAAAACCUCAAUUUUUUUGUUUUUUAGGUUAAUUAGGUACAAUGUUGCCGAGUCGUAUGUUAAUAGGUGCGUUUUGCUCUAAAGGUGCGUUCAUAGCUUUCCCUUACGUUUCCAUUUGUCCGUUAACCAAUCGGAAGAUAGUAACUUUUUAAAUCGUACGACGUACGACGGAAAAGUUGGUUGAAGUUGUACAUUUUAGUUGCCGUUGGUUCGUUUUUAACAAGAAUAAGGGUUCGUUACGUUGUUGACUUUUAACAGCAAAUUUAACAGUGUUCGCAUAAUCGAACGCACCUAAUAGAAUCGAAAACAAUGUAAGAUAUUGCAAUAAUUCAUUUACGGAAAAACUGUCUCGAAAAGUGCCCAUUUCAUUUUAUAUGUUGAUUGUUAUUGUUGAUAGAGUCACGUUUAGACCUAACUGCGAGUGUUUGUAAAUGUGACUAGCGGCAACAGUGGAAACUUUCUAACCUAAAAAUUUAAUGGACCGAUUUUUGUUUGUAAAUGCCUUUUUGUGAACUUCGAGACGAUCAAUUUUAAAUAAACGAACUUGUUCCCAUUCCAAAUUAGUUUAACAACAUCCCUAGUUUAUUAGGGGCGAAGAUAAUUUAAGGUUAAAAAGGUGCGGACACGUGCGUUUCUGUUUACAAAAUAUGUCGUUUCGCGGUAAUCGCGGCGGAGGAGGCGGCCGAGGCUUCGGCGGUCGCGGACGCGGCGGUCGAGGCGGCGGACGUAACAGUUUCGGCGGCGGCGGCGGCAGAAAUUUCGACCAGGGACCGCCGGAGCGCGUUAUACCACUCGGCUACUACGACUAUCCGUGUCAGGACGAGCUGAUCUGCAAGGUGGAAAUAGAGGACGUGCCGUUUUUCAACGCGCCGAUUUACCUCGAGAAUAAGGAGCAGAUCGGGAAAAUCGAUGAGAUAUUCGGCAAUCCGAGGGACUACUCGGUUACAGUGAGACUGAGCGAGAAUAUGAAGGCGUCGAGCUUUAAGAAGAACCAAAAAUUGUACAUCGAUCCCGCGAAGUUGUUGCCGUUGCAGCGGUUUCUGCCGAAACCGCCGGGAACGGUGCAGAAGCGCGGGGGUAGAGGCGGCGGGCGAGGUCGUGGCGGAGGUGAUAGGGGAAGAGGCGGGGGGCGAGGUGGAUUUGGGGGAAGGGGGGGUGGAGGAUUCGGUGGCAGGGGUGGAGGGCGUGGUUUUGGUGGGGGUGGAGGGCGAGGCUUCGGAGGAGGCGGUGGUGGACGUGGUUUCGGAGGUGGAGGCAGAGGAGGUGGACGUGGAUUUGGCGGAGGUGGAGGUGGUUUCAGGCAAAGUGGCGGUUACUAAGAAUAUUUUAUCAAUUAUACAUUUAGUUCCCUAUUUUUAUUAUUUGUACGUACGAGUUGUGCUAUUAAUGUAAUAGUGAUUUUGUAUGUGUAGUACAUGUUACGUUGUACAGAAUUUUUAUAAAUAAUUUUAAGUACUAA